AUUGUCACUGUCACUCACUCUGCUUUCAACACUACGAUCCUCUCAAGCGAUCGCCGGCGCAUCAAUGUCGGGCGGCGACACUCUGUACAAUAAUCUCUUCUCUUCAGUCAUCUCAGACAUCAAAUCCUACGCCGGCAGAGAUCCUCUUCUCCCAUGGCUCCGAGGGAUUAGGAAGAUGAAGGAGUCUCUUCCUCCACAGGCUCUUAAGGAGAAGCUCCCUAGAUUUCUGCAGAAAUGUGCGCAGACUUUUGAGACUGAUAGGCGAUAUUCCAAUGAUUUGCGGUACCUUCGCGUUUGGUUGCAACUGAUGGAUUAUGUGGAUGACCCGAAAGCAGUGCUAAGAAGCAUGGAAAUGAAUCGAAUUGGGAUGAAGAACGCCCUAUUUUACCAAGCAUAUGCGCUAUACUACGAGAAGAUGAAGAAGUUUGAGGCUGCUGAGAAGAUGUACCAUUUAGGUGUGCAGAACCUUGCAGAACCUCUUGAUGAGCUGCACAAGUCAUAUGACCAAUUCAUUAAUCGCUUAGAGAAGCAUAAGAACAAGAAAAUUCAGCGCCAGGAACGUAAAAGUAUGAACAGGCUUCCUUGCACUAUUAGUGUUCCCCUGAAUGAUAAAGGCACCAAGGAAAACAAUGAGAACUUGCUCACAACAGAAAACACUCCUAAGAUUGGACAUGACCUGCAAGUGAAGGAAGUUAAUAAUCAGAAUCUAGGAUUAAAUCCCAGAAAUAUGGGAGGUUUUGCCGGUCCAUCCACAGACAAUGGAGCCUUGGAUGAUUUCAGCAGGAAAGUUUGUGUUAAAGAAUCCAAUGACCACAGAAAAUUUUCUGGCGAUGAUACUAUUGUGGUUAAAAAAUUUGUAGGCAAUGCCAUUGUUGGGAAGUCUGAUUUUGAAGAUGCUAGGCAUCAUGGUCUGGUUGAACCCACAAUCAAUACUAAAGAGGCUAUGAAUGCUAUCAAUAGCAUGUUCCGUGAGCCACUAGAACCAUCAUUUGCUGGCAAGAAAUCUACUCGAAGCCAACCAAAAGUUGAUCCGGUGUCCAACAAUGGAUUUGAGAUAUAUGUUGAUGAGAAAACAGUUGAUGGUGUUCAGCCAUCGGACCAAAUACUGACAAGUGGUGCAUCAACUUCAGGAACUACUAGAAUUGGAACUCAGCAACCUCUACAAGAGCCGUUUCAGAUAUAUGUUGACGAAGACGAAUAUAAUGAUGAAAGCAAUGAUGCCAUGGAGGGAGUUUGCAGUGAUAGGUCCAAUCACAAUAAACUCCAACAUUUUACUGGAAGCACUAGCAUUCCAAAUGAGGUUGUUAAAGGCUUUGUAUUUCCCAGACCUAGUGAUGCUGUUACAGAACCACUGAAAGAUCAUGAUACUGAGAGGCCACCUCAAGAAAGACUACGCAGGGAGGACACAGUUGUUAUUCGAUUUGUAGGUUCCACCAUUUCUGAUGAUUUAGAGGUCGAGAAUGCUUGCCAUCAUGGCCUAGUAGACCCCACCAUUAACCUGAAGGAGGCUAUGGCUGAUAUAAAUAGCAUGUUUGGAAAACCAAUUGAGUUUACAAGAAAAUCUCGGCCAAAGAAACAGAGCACAGCAAAUAAAAUGGAGGAGGGCACUUCCGGGUUUAUGAUACUUCCUGAUGAUGAUGUAGAUCAUAGUCAAGAAAAGAAGUCUCAGCUAAGUUCAUCUUUAAGGGAUAGUCAGCCAAAGAACCAGUUUUUACCAACUAAAAUGGAGGGAGACAGUGGUGGGUUUCUGAUACUUCCUGAUGAUGAGAUAGAUCAUCCUCAAGAGAAGAAGUCCCAACUAAGUUCAACUUUGAGGCGAGAAAAUGAUCUGUUUGAGAAAACGGUGUGCACUAAAGAGGCAAUGGAUGAAAUCAAUAAAAUGUUUUCUAUGCCGUUGGAUUUCUAAGAGCAUGAUAACACUAACUUUAGCCUUUGCAAUGGGCUUUGCUCCGGUGAAAGACCACGAUCCAUAGCUAUCACAGCUCUGGCAGUAGACCAGACCUUCAAC